AUGGCUGGUGCUGGUUUGAGUGAAUCCGGAAAAGGCAUCCGAGUGACCUGCUGCAUUACUGAUCGGUGUAUCAAUGCCGCUGUGGCUACUGCCAAACCCAGCAGUGGGGCUACCAUCCACAUCCACACAGCUCUCCUGCUUCUACCACUUGGUGUCCUUUCUCUCCUCAGCAAAUAUUACAGAUAGACCUAAAUUAUAAGUAUGGUAACAUGUUAUAAUGUAAUAUUAUGUGAGAGCUAACCAGAACAUGCACAUACUGUAUGUAUCCAGGAUGUAUUUGAAAUGGGACUAUUGAGCUACAAUGCAUUAAUGGAGAUUUUGCACUUACAGUGGGGAAAAAAAGUAUUUAGUCAGCCACCAAUUGUGCAAGUUCUCCCACUUAAAAAGAUGAGAGAGGCCUGUAAUUUUCAUCAUAGGUACACGUCAACUAUGACAGACAAAUUGAGAAAAGAAAAUCCAGAAAAUCACAUUGUAGGAUUUUUUAUGAAUUUAUUUGCAAAUUAUGAUGGAAAAUAAGUAUUUGGUCACCUACAAACAAGCAAGAUUUCUGGCUCUCACAGACCUGUAACUUCUUCUUUAAGAGGCUCCUCUGUCCUCCACUCGUUACCUGUAUUAAUGGCACCUGUUUGAACUUGUUAUCAGUAUAAAAGACACCUGUCCACAACCUCAAACAGUCACACUCCAAACUCCACUAUGGCCAAGACCAAAGAGCUGUCAAAGGACACCAGAAACAAAAUUGUAGACCUGCACCAGGCUGGGAAGACUGAAUCUGCAAUAGGUAAGCAGCUUGGUUUGAAGAAAUCAACUGUGGGAGAAAUUAUUAGGAAAUGGAAGACAUACAAGACCACUGAUAAUCUCCCUCGAUCUGGGGCUCCACGCAAGAUCUCACCCCGUGGGGUCAAAAUGAUCACAAGAACGGUGAGCAAAAAUCCCAGAACUACACGGGGGGACCUAGUGAAUGACCUGCAGAGAGCUGGGACCAAAGUAACAAAGCCUACCAUCAGUAACACACUACGCCGCCAGGGACUCAAAUCCUGCAGUGCCAGACGUGUCCCCCUGCUUAAGCCAGUACAUGUCCAGGCCCGUCUGAUGUUUGCUAGAGUGCAUUUGGAUGAUCCAGAAGAGGAUUGGGAGAAUGUCAUAUGGUCAGAUGAAACCAAAAUAGAACUUUUUGGUAAAAACUAAACUCGUCGUGUUUGGAGGACAAAGAAUGCUGAGUUGCAUCCAAAGAACACCAUACCUACUGUGAAGCAUGGGGGUGGAAACAUCAUGCUUUGGGGCUGUUUUUCUGCAAAGGGACCAGGACGACUGAUCUGUGUAAAGGAAAGAAUGAAUGGGGCCAUGUAUCGUGAGAUUUUGAGUGAAAACCUCCUUCCAUCAGCAAGGGCAUUGAAGAUGAAACGUGGCUGGGUCUUUCAGCAUGACAAUGAUCCCAAACACACCGCCCGGGCAACGAAGGAGUGGCUUCGUAAGAAGCAUUUCAAGGUCCUGGAGUGGCCUAGCCAGUCUCCAGAUCUCAACCCCAUAGAAAAUCUUUGGAGGGAGUUGAAAGUCUGUGUUGCCCAGCGACAGCCCCAAAACAUCACUGCUCUAGAGGAGAUCUGCAUGGAGGAAUGGGCCAAAAUACCAGCAACAGUGUGUGAAAACCUUGUGAAGACUUACAGAAAACGUUUGACCUGUGUCAUUGUCAACAAAGGGUAUAUAACAAAGUAUUGAGAAACUUUUGUUAUUGACCAAAUACUUAUUUUCCAUCAUAAUUUGCAAAUAAAUUCAUUACAAAUCCUACAAUGUGAUUUUCUGGAUUUUUUCUCUCAUUUUGUCUAUCAUAGUUGACGUGUACCUAUGAUGAAAAUUAGAGGCCUCUCUCAUCUUUUUAAGUGGGAGAACUUGCACAAUUGGUGGCUGACUAAAUACUUUUUUCCCCCACUGUAUACAAUGUGCACUUAUCAGGAAUCAACUGUACUUUAAAUAUUUAGCAGACACUCUUAUCCAGAUCGACUUACAGUUAGUGCAUACAUUUUCAUACUGGCCCCCCGUGGGAAUCAAACCCACAACCCUGGCGUUGCAAACGCCAUGCUCUACCAACUGAGCUACACGGGGGGCAUUAAAUAAUGAAGAUACUGUAAGGUCUUUUAAAAAUAAGUAGGAAGGCUAGCGUGAUGUUUUUGAAUCACAUCCCUCUACUAGGGUUUAGGAAAUGUGUUUCCUCUUUGAUUCAAUUAUUACAAUUAAAUGAUUUACCUGUAUCUCUGCUGCAUUGUCAUGACAGAACAUUAAAAGCCUGCUUGUGGCUGGAAUCUGAAGUAACUUAAUAUGGUCUUCUGUUUCCAACAAAAUGAUAAUAAUGAUUAUUAUAAUAAUAAUAACAAUAAUACAUAGGUCUUCUAUAGCACUUUUCUGAAACCCAAAGGUGAUUAUAUUUUCAUUUUAUUCUAUCAACAAGUUAAAUUACUAUGCAACUGUCCUCGUUACAGAGACAAACAAAUUAUAUCUUGGGUUCACUAAAAAGGAACCAGUGUCUUCUCCUUUUCUGGCUAAAAUAUGACCAAUAACAUCUUUCUCAAUCUCAGUGACAACAUCACUGCUGGUGCGUUAUUUUGCAGAACUGAUUUCACAAGAGAGAGCAACUGUGAAAGUGAUCCAGUCCAGUCAUCUUGUAGAGCCUGAAAUAGUCCUAUUGUAGUUGAGUUAGAAGCAGCCCAUGGUUGUUUAAAAAAAAAUAAUGAAUUGAGAAGAAAGUCUCUACAGAGUAAUACAGACAUGGUUGACUAGCAACAAUGAUUCCUUGAGGAUUUCCAGGGUUCCUCGAGUCACCACUAAUUCUAAGAUUGUAGGCUUUAAUUAUGGUUUGAAUGUGUUCUGCUAGUAACAAACAGCGAACUGCAGUUGACCCUUCCCUGUCCCAGACCAUGAAGAGACAACACAUGCUAGAAACUCAAAAUUAACCUACUGGCGUUAUUCAUUUCAAAAUCACGGCCCGGGGCCUGCCUGCCCGACGCAGCAGGGCGGUGAAGGUUACUUUUUUCAUGAUUCGUGAGUUAAUGAGAUGAGAUUCAUGAGUUUACUUUUUUCAUAGCAGGAUAAAAGGGCAGGUGCUCCAGCACCGCUAGGUUUCUAUCUGUGCACAUGCCUUGUACUCACAUUUGACCUCAUUUUAAAAGUAAAACAUAUUUUUAUGUGCUUUUGCAGAGACAUUCUGAAAAACUGUUGAUUUCUGUCAAUUACUCUGUGACAUCACUGGAGGAACCACACUAAACUGGUGCCAUAGGAAUCAAUGCGACUGAGUGCACUGGCACUGCAAACACCAUGCACAUGUUCAGCCUUUUAGAUCAUUUAGCUAAUGAAAAACAAUUUUGCAACAAGAUUUUCACACUUCAUGAUGUUAAGGCUAUACAAAAUGAUAUACAGUGGGGAAAAAAGUAUUUAGUCAGCCACCAAUUGUGCAAGUUCUCCCACUUAAAAAGAUGAGAGGCCUGUAAUUUUCAUCAUAGGUACAUGUCAACUAUGACAGACAAAUUGAGAUUUUUUUUCUUCAGAAAGUCACAUUGUAGGAUUUUUAAUGAAUUUAUUUGCAAAUUAUGGUGGAAAAUAAGUAUUUGGUCACCUACAAACAAGCAAGAUUUCUGGCUCUCACAGACCUGUAACUUCUUCUUUAAGAGGCUCCUCUGUCCUCCACUCGUUACCUGUAUUAAUGGCACCUGUUUGAACUUGUUAUCAGUAUAAAAGACACCUGUCCACAACCUCAAACAGUCACACUCCAAACUCCACUAUGGCCAAGACGAAAGAGCUGUCAAAGGACACCAGAAACUAAAUUGUAGUCCUGCACCAGGCUGGGAAGACUGAAUCUGCAAUAGGUAAGCAGCUUGGUUUGAAGAAAUCAACUGUGGGAGCAAUUAUUAGGAAAUGGAAGACAUACAAGAACACUGAUAAUCUCCCUCGAUCUGGGGCUCCACGCAAGAUCUCACCCCGUGGGGUCAAAAUGAUCACAAGCAAAAAUCCCAGAACCACACAGGGGGACCUAGUGAAUGACCUGCAGAGAGCUGGGACCAAAGUAACAAAGCCUACCAUCAGUAACACACUACGCCGCCAGGGACUCAAAUCCUGCAGUGCCAGACGUGUCCCCCUGCUUAAGCCAGUACAUGUCCAGGCCCGUCUGAAGUUUGCUAGAGUGCAUUUGGAUGAUCCAGAAGAGGAUUGGGAGAAUGUCAUAUGGUCAGAUGAAACCAAAAUAGAACUUUUUGGUAAAAACUAAACUCGUCGUGUUUGGAGGACAAAGAAUGCUGAGUUGCAUCCAAAGAACACCAUACCUACUGUGAAGCAUGGGGGUGGAAACAUCAUGCUUUGGGGCUGUUUUUCUGCAAAGGGACCAGGACGACUGAUCUGUGUAAAGGAAAGAAUGAAUGGGGCCAUGUAUCGUGAGAUUUUGAGUGAAAACCUCCUUCCAUCAGCAAGGGCAUUGAAGAUGAAACGUGGCUGGGUCUUUCAGCAUGACAAUGAUCCCAAACACACCGCCCGGGCAACGAAGGAGUGGCUUCGUAAGAAGCAUUUCAAGGUCCUGGAGUGGCCUAGCCAGUCUCCAGAUCUCAACCCCAUAGAAAAUCUUUGGAGGGAGUUGAAAGUCCGUGUUGCCCAGCGACAGCCCCAAAACAUCACUGCUCUAGAAGAGAUCUGCAUGGAGGAAUGGGCCAAAAUACCAGCAACAGUGUGUGAAAACCUUGUGAAGACUUACAGAAAACGUUUGACCUGUGUCAUUGCCAACAAAGGGUAUAUAACAAAGUAUUGAGAAACUUUUGUUAUUGACCAAAUACUUAUUUUCCACCAUAAUUUGCAAAUAAAUUCAUUAAAAAUCCUACAAUGUGAUUGUCUGGAUUUUUUUUCCUCAUUUUGUCUGUCAUAGUUGAUGUGUACCUAUGAUGAAAAUUACAGGCCUCUCUCAUCUUUUUAAGUGGGAGAACUUGCACAAUUGGUGGCUGACUAAAUACUUUUUUUCCCCCACUGUAUGUUUCAGAAUACCUGUCAAUGAGAAUAAUGUCUUCUUUGUCAUACACAGUUUUUUUAUUAGCAAUUUGUGUGUAUGCUCAAUUCCCACUUAUCAUAAAAUAAGUAUUAGCUCCAUUGUUUGGCGAUGACACGAAGUAGGCCCUACUAGGAGUGGAAUGGUAGCUACUGUAAACAGACUGGUACCCAAGCUAGUGCUGAGCCACACAUCUCUGAAGUCACCUUUCAGUAGGAAUGGAAGCUGUUCCCUCAUGUUCUAAUCUAUUUGAAAUCUCCUAAACUGUCAAAUGUUCUCCUUGGUUUCUUUCAACAAACUUUUUUUAAACCAAAAACUAGAACUGAACCCCCACUGAGAAUGGAAUCAUCCCACAUUUCAUCAGAAUCUUAGUGUCAAAAGGUCAUGUUUGAUUAGUCAACACAGCUCCACCCUGUGUUGUAUGUUUUUUUUUUGUUUUUUUUUCAGUUGAUCAUCCAACUCAUGAUAUAAUGAGGACUCUCUCCUUUAUUCUUCUACUCAGUUUAUCCCUUUACAAAGGUAAUUCAUUAUGCUACACAUUUUGCAAUUUGUCAUUUAAUUUGUUAGUAAUUUAAUUUGUUUGUCAUUUCAAUUGUUUAUCAUUUCAUUUGUAUGUCGUUUCAGUCGAUGCACUGAGAUGCUACUCAUGCAGUUCAGUCACCUCCAACGCUGACUGUAAUCAGAACAUAAAACAAUGCCUGGAGCCUCUUGACACCUGCAUGACAACAGAGGAUAUUGCUGGUAAGGAAAGCAGGAGGAAUAAUACACCUUGUUGAAUAGCUGGUAGGGAACUGGUAUUAACCAAGCUCAAUAUCCAGAUCAAUAUCAUUACUUUACAUUUUGAACUGAUUGUAGAAUAUGUAAAAGUCAGUUAAUACACUGCAAUCAUAGAAAAUACAAGUUACCACUGACUUUCCACUUUAAAUAGAAAGCUCUGGCGUAGUAAAUAAUGGGGUGGGUUACACCAACAUACAUUAACUUUUAAACUGGAUUAAAAAAUUGAGUUUGAUCUAUUCAUCAUGUUGCACAAAACUAGUUUUAAAUUAAACCUACAUUUACUAAGAUACAUUUAAUGUUAGUUGGUGCAAGCUAAAGUAAUAGUCUAUCUAUUGGACAGGACUUGAUCAACUGACUUACGUGAGGGAGAUAUAAAUAUGUUGUUUUCUGGUGAGAGAGGGUGGUUGUUCAAAUUAUGAUUCUCAUUGAUUGUAUUAAUAAUAAAAAAACAAUUGUUCACAAAACAUUUUUUCUGUUGAUAGGUGAUAAGAAAAUCAUGGUGAAACAGUGUGCCAGUUUUGCCACCUGUCAGGGAGCGGAGAAUGGUGCUGGUUUGGAUCCCUUCGGAGACGGCAACGUGGUGACCUGCUGCAGUACUGAUCUGUGUAACAAUGUCGCUGUGGCUACUGCCAAACCCAGCAGUGGGGCUACUACCAUUCACAUCCACACAGCUCUCCUGCUUCUGCCAAUAGGUGUCCUCUCUCUCCUCAGCAAAUAUUACAGAUAGACCUAAAUUAUAAGUAUGGUCACUUGUCAGUAGGCUAUUAAUAAGACUUAUGUAAUAGCUGAUUAGUAUGAGAAGUACUGCUGAGAUGCUCCCUUUAAGGUAUUCAUUCCUGUAAACGAGACCUUAUGUCUGCUGUUGGUGUUAAAUGGGAACAUGUGUUGAUGACGUGUCGAGAAGUUUAAAAUAUGAAUGUAAAUCUAUUUAACUAUUGGAAAAAUGAAAAAUUCUGCUAAACAUUAUUUAGGAAAAUAAAUGACACGCAAACACCAUCCUUUGCCUGUCAUUCAUAAACACAGGGAAGCACUGUCACAGCUUUGUCUCUCGGUCAUCAUUUUAU